AUGUCUACUAAAACAAUAGCUAGUGCGACUGUUAGGGCAGUUAAAAAGCGUCUGUUACCAUCAAGAGCAGCGCUAGUUUUGACUUCUGCCGCUGUAAAUAAAGUAAAAGAAAUAAUGGCCAAGGAAGAAGGUAAAGGUUAUAUAGGAUUGAAAGUUGGUGUGCGGCAAAGAGGUUGCAAUGGAUUGUCAUAUACCUUAGAUUAUGCAACAACAAAAGGGAAACUUGACGAAGAAGUAAAACAGGAUGGGGUCACUAUAAUUAUUGACAAGAAAGCGCAGCUGACCUUGUUGGGUACUGAAAUGGAUUUCGUCGAGGAUAAGUUGUCAGCGGAAUUUGUGUUUAAUAAUCCAAAUAUUAAAGGCACCUGUGGAUGCGGAGAAUCUUUCAGUAUAUAA